UUAACGAAUUGGCAACACUGGCUGGCAGUGUCAUCUAUUUUUAUUUUGUCAACAUUUGCUAAAAAAACGAAAAAAUAAAAUCGUUGUUUUCAAGGGACUAUUACAAAAUGUUAACAAUUUUUCAGCCUUUUUCAGAUAUUGUUUUUAUAUGCCGACUUUAAGGGUGCAUACUGCAUGGUUUAGUGUAUGACAGAUCUACUCAAUUUGAUAAAUCAGUGAGUACUUAAGACAUAGUCGUACAUAGUACAAAAAUAUUAUUAAUCAUUAUGUACUGAGAGUUGGGACAUUAUGUAAACUGGUUAAAUUAUGGAACCAGGUGAUAUGGAUUAUUCUUCACAUGACAUGGCUCAUAUGAAUCAUGGGGCACAUCACCAUGAAAUGGGCAUUAAUGACUCGCACAAUCCCAAUAUGGAUGAUAUUAUGAAUGUCAUGUUUAAUUCAAGUAAGGACAUAAAAGUUAUUCAGGGAAUUGAUUUGUUAAAGUCUCAUGGAAACCACCAUGAAGAAAAUAAGCAUAAGGGACACACAAUGUCAAUGACUUUCCAUGGUGGGUUUGUAGAAACAAUUCUUUUCUCAUGGUGGAAUGUUACUGAAGUUGGAGAGUUUAUUGGAUCCUUCUUUGCGAUAUUUGCCUUGGCGGUGCUCUAUGAAGGUCUGAAGUACUACAGGAAACACUUACUGUGGAAAACAUAUACUGGCCUUCAAUAUUGUGCAGUGGCGCCACCAGAUAAGGGUGUUGCAAAUAUUUGUGCACCAGAUGAACCUCAAGUCAUACAAACCUUGCCACACACCCUAGAACGAAAUGUGCCAACAAUGAUGAGUGUGGCACAUGGUUGGCAGACAGUACUCCAUGGUGUACAAGUGUUAGUGAGUUAUAUGUUAAUGUUGGUGUUUAUGACAUACAACACGUGGCUGUGUGCUGCUGUAGUCCUAGGAUCUGCAACUGGUUACUUCCUCUUUGGCUGGCGUGAAUCAGUAGUUGUGGACUUUACUGAACACUGUCACUGACAAUGGUCCAAUAACAGUGUCCGUGAGAGUAUUAUUAUGCAGCUGCAAUUUAUAACCUUGCCUUUAGAAAAUAAUUCAAAAAACGGUUAUGUACCUAUUAUCAUGAUGUUAUAAUUAUGUUAUUAUAAGACAGCCUUUUUGGGUGACAAUAUAUUUAUACCAGUUAUUGUGUACUGUUUAAGGUAUUAGCUCAUUAGAAGAAAUACAAUUGCUUAGAAAUAUAA